AUGGCGUACGCGGCGGUGAAGCCCAUGAAGCAGGGUCUGGAGGACCAGCCUCAAGAACAGGUUCACCGUAUCCGGAUCACGCUCUCCUCCAAGAACGUGAAGAACCUCGAGAAAGGUAGUGGUCGUCUCCUCUCUCCGUUCUGCUUGGUAUGACGUCCACUACGCUCCUGUAAUUUACCCUAAUUCUUCUCCGUUCUGCCUUCAUCGCUGUCUCCAGUUUGCGCGGAUCUUGUGAAGGGGCGAAAGACAAGCUGUUGAGGGUGAAGGGACCCGUGAGGAUGCCGACCAAGGUCCUCCACAUCACCACCAGGAAGUCCCCUGUGGGAAGGUUAGUGUCUUCGCCCAUGAUGCUCUUUCACAUUCUGGUUGUUGGAUAUCGCCCGCUCUGGUCUGCUGUCUCUCUUUGUGUGACAGAGGACAACAUCAAUUCUUCUGAAAGCAACUGCUAGCUAAACUAGAAUGAGAGAUGAAACAGCGCCACCAUUUUGGAAUACUCCUAAAAUGAGCCAUUUAUGUUCGAAUUCUUGGACUGCUUUAGGACUAUUCAGGCAUCCUCCUAUUCCUGAAGGAGAAAGAAUAGGCAGGAAGGAAGGGAUAAUCAGCAUCGUAGUGUACUCAAGAGAGGAGAAUAUCAAUCCUGUGGUAGAGUCUCAAAUAGUUUAAAGCUUCUAGGUCGAUUUCUAGGAAUUAUCAAAUCAGCAUUCUUUGGGAAAUACUUUAAAUAUUUACACAAUAUUAAUUGACUUCUAAUUUUUCAGGGAAUAAGCAAUAGACGGGAAAUAUUUUUACAUCUCGAUGUGGCCUCGGCACCUUUACGGGACUCGUUACUGUGGACCCGCAGGAGGGUAUCAAUUGAAUCCGAUUUCUGCCCGGGAACAUGCAGUAAAUUAUAUUUGUGAUGACACAAUUUGUUGGUUUUUCUAUAAUUCAACAAUCAGAUUAAUAUAUGAUUGCUGAGGUGCUCAGUGUCCAAUUUGCUUCGGUGACGUGAUAUAAGCUUCACUCGUCAUCAUGCAAAUCUAAAGGUUGAAAGAAAAUAAAGUUCAGCUUGGUAAUAUAUUGACCUCGCAUUAUGUUGCAUCUCCAAAGAAAUUGAUUUCCUCUGAAGGAAACUGUGCUCCAAUGGAGCCAACAAUCUGCUCUGGUGGGAUUUUUAUUCAUUUCUUAAUUCUCGUCCUUCAAUUUUAUCAUCAUCUUUUGAAUCUAUUGCUGUCAAACUUGACUUCGUUUUAAUAUUAGGAGCCAGUCAUUGGUGUUCAGUUGAAGAGUUUCUGAGUUAGCACCCAGUUGUAAGUGAAAAAACAGUAAAAGCCUAGAACCCUAGUAAAACCCUGGUCGCCAUAAUUAUUCUCAAAGAAGGAAUUCUGUCAUAAUUAUUUUUGUAAAUUUUCAUUUCUUGAAUCUCUGAAGCAUUCCAGGGCUUCUAGCAUCGGUCAUCCUUCCAAUCAUCUCUAUUUUUCAGGAACGAACACGUGGGACCGGUUUGAGCUCCGUGUUCACAAGCGCGUGAUUGACCUCGUUAGCUCGCCGGAGGUGGUGAAGCAGAUCACCUCCAUCACGAUCGAGCCGGGUGUAGAAGUCGAGGUGACGAUCGCGGACGUCUGA